AUGGGCGCCGCGGCGAGGAAGCCCGCCGCCGCUCUGCUGCCAAUCUGGCUCAUCUGCCUCGUCUGCGCGUCGAGAGCAGGAGCGCAGCCGUACAUCGGCGUGAACUACGGCGAGGUGGCGGACAACCUGCCGUCGCCGGACGAGACGGCGAAGCUGCUCAAGUCGACAUCCAUCUCCAAGGUGCGUCUCUACGGCGUGGACGCGGGGCUGAUCCGGGCGCUGGCGGGGUCCGGCAUCUCGGUCGUCGUCGGCGUGGCGAACGGCGACAUCCCCUCGCUGGCCGCCGACCCGGCGGCGGCGUCGCGGUGGCUGGCGGCGAACGUGCUGCCCUUCGUCCCGGCGACCACCAUCUCGACCGUGGCCGUCGGCAACGAGGUGCUGGAGUCCGGGGACGCGUCCCUGGCCGCGGCGCUGCUGCCGGCCAUGCAGAACCUCCGCGCCGCGGCCGCCGCGGCCGGGGACGGCGCGGCGGGGAUCAGGUUCUCGACCGUCAACACCAUGGGCGUGAUGGCGCAGUCGGACCCGCCGUCCACGGGCGCGUUCCACCCGGACGUGGCGCCGCAGCUGCAGCAGAUCCUGGCGUUCCUCAGCCGAACCGGCGCGCCCUUCAUGAUCAACCCGUACCCGUGGUUCGCGUACCAGUCGGACCCGCGGCCGGAGACGCUGUCGUUCUGCCUGUUCCAGCCCAACGCCGGGCGCGUCGACGGCGGGUCCAGGAUCAGGUACACCAACAUGUUCGACGCGCAGCUGGACGCCGUGAAGUCGGCGCUGGUGCGCGCCGGGUACGGGAGCGUGGACAUCGUGGUGGCCGAGACCGGGUGGCCGACAAAAGGCGACGCCGGGGAGCCUGGAGCCACGGCGGAGAACGCCAGGGCGUACGUGUCCAACCUGGUGGCGCACCUGCGGUCCGGCGCCGGCACGCCGCUGAUGCCGGGCAAGUCGGUGGAGACGUACCUGUUCGCGCUCUACGACGAGGACCUCAAGCCUGGGCCCACGUCGGAGCGCUCGUUCGGGCUGUACCACACGGACCUGACCAUGGCGUACGACGCCGGGCUGACCUCCUCCACGCCGGCGGCAGGGGGAGGAGGGCCGGCGCAGCCCAAGCAGGCCGGCGGGUGGUGCGUGGCGCGGGACGGCGCCUCGGACGCGGAGCUGCAGGCGGACCUGGACUACGCGUGCUCGCAGCUGGGCGUCGACUGCGGCGCCAUCCAGCCCGGCGGCGCGUGCUUCGAGCCCAACACGGUGCACGCGCACGCCGCGUACGCCAUGAACCAGCUGUACCAGGCGGCCGGGCGGCACCCGUGGAACUGCGACUUCCGGGCGUCCGCCGCGCUCACCUCCGAAAACCCAACCUGUUCGCUUGUAUUAGGGUUUAUCAGCCAGCCUUAUCAUGCUAGAAACCUAGCGAACAAGCUCUAUGUUACGGAGGCAGUACGUGUAGCGUCAGCAAUCAUUUUCUUGCCGGAGAGUGUUGUCUUUAUGCCCCAUUCAACAAAAAUAGUGUUUCAGCCACUUUCAAACUCAGGUUUCAGCGAGCCCCGAGCCCCGUCGCCGGUGACCGCGCGCCACUUCACCGGCAGCACCAGGGACGAGCAGGGCAAGCCGACGUUCGACAGGCAGCACGUCACCUUCAACAGCAUCUUCACCGCGCUCGUUGGCAUCUUCCAGCAGGCCAUCACCAUCAUCGUGGUGGCAAUUCCCGAGGGCCUCCCGCUCGCGGUGACGCUGACGCUUGCCUUCUCCAUGAAGCGGAUGGUCAAGGAGCACGCGCUGGUGCGCACGCUCUCGGCGUGCGAGACCAUGGGCUCGGUAACCGCCAUCUGCACAGACAAGACAGGCACUCUCACGCUUAAUCAGAUGAAGGUGACGGAGUUCUGGGUCGGCACCGACCGACCCAAGGAGGUCACCGGCGCCGUCGUCAGCUUGCUGCUCCACCCGACAGAGAAGGCUCUGCUGUCCUGGGCCGUGGCGGACCUCGGCAUGGACGCCGACGCAUUGAAGAGGAGCUGUAAGGUGUUGCACGUCGAGGCGUUCAACUCUGACAAGAAGCGCAGCGGCGUGAUGAUCAGGGACAACGCCACUGGCGCGGUGACCGCGCACUGGAAAGGCGCCGCGGAGAUGGUCUUGGCGAGCUGCUCUGCGUAUGUUGGUUCAGACGGCGCGGCACGCGAAUCGACGCGGGGAAGAGGAGGAAGCUGGAAGAAAUCAUCACUGGUGCUGGUGCAGCGCCUGAAGCAGAGGGGCCACGUGGUCGCGGUCACCGGCGACGGGACCAACGACGCGCCGGCGCUCAAGGAGGCCGACGUGGGCCUGUCCAUGGGCAUCCAGGGCACCGAGGUUGCCAAGGAGAGCUCCGACAUCGUCAUCAUGAACGACAACUUCGACACGGUGGUGACGGCCACCCGGCGCACGGCAGCGGGGAUGGUCGAUAGGAGCAGCAUGGCCGUGCUCAUCGGGGUCACCGCCGGCGUCGCGGCCGCGUUGCUCAUUGGCUGGUUCCUGCUCGCCCCACCUGUGUCUCGCCGCGUCACUGGCUGGCUCCAGGCUCCGCGUGGCAUGGCGCCAGUCUCCGAGUGGCCGAGUCGCCGACGAGCCACGGCAGCUCCUCGACACAGCAGCAGAGCAGAGCAGGCCGCAGCAGCCAGCAGAGCAGGGCCGGGGUGGCUGGCGACGGCGCGAGCGCGGCACCCCGGCAGCCCGUGA